GUACCAUCCAGCGGACACACCAAUGUGCCCUGCCAGUGGUCUACAGCUUUCCUAUUUAGCUUGGUCAAACUCCGACAGAAUUCAACAGUGGUGUCUGUCCAUCCGAAGUUUUUAAUGUACUCUUCGUUGCCGAGAUUCAAGACGUCAGGUCCAAUGCAACGAUAACAGGCGGAUGCCAGUUUGCCACAGAAAAGCCUCUCGCCGCCGAACAGUAGAGAAAUAUUUAAGCAAAUGCCCACCAGAGCCUGGUGUACAGACAGCGCGAUCCCAUUGUUUUGUCCUGCGGACCGCGUCGACUUCCUUGUCAGUCUGAGGACUGUAGCCGACAGAAACGUCGCAUCGGCCACCUUCUCGGCAGCAAUUCGCGUCCGAAUUCGAAAAUUAACGCCUGAAGAGGCGGAGAAAAACCGACAGGCGUAUAUGCAACAGACUGUUGGACAGGGGACAUAUGGUCACACCAAGGACUACAGAGCAUUCGCUAUUGAUUCGAAGCAGCUAGACUCGCAAACAGACCACAGAAAGGACGGAAAGAAACAACGUCAAGGGGAAAAAGACAACUCAUGAUGCAUAUUAUGUUUGCAGAGAGACGAGACAACAGACUUCGUCGCAGGACACGACUCGACGGAAAACAAACACACUGCCCAGGGAUGAUACAACUGUGUGCCUCCGCAACACCGUUCAAACCCUACCCAAGAUUGAUAAAAUUUAGAAGCAAAUCCGAAAUACGGAAACAUUUUCGCUGUUAGCUGAAGGUCAACUGUCACACAAUAUUGGUGACUUUGCGGGUCUCGCCCCGGGGACAUGCCCGGUGCAUUUCCAUUGUUCCCUUCGUGUAGUUGAAGCUGACUUGAGUCCCGGUGAACUACCGUUUUGCUUAAACUGAGUAAUAUUGACUAGUGCCGUACCAUCUGUGCAUAUAAUUCGACAGGAUAGAGGGGUUCACGCUAGUCCUUGGUAAACAACCAGUUCCGAACUCCCAAUAUAGAGUGGUACAAACACGUUUCUUGCUCA